AUGGAGAUUGCUCAGUUUUUCGUCGGAUCUUCCAUGAAAUUAAGGAACGGCGUUUGUGGGGUUACUCGAGCUGGAUUAUCAUCCGUAAACCUACCCAGAAGGAUGUUUAUGCAGGUCGCUGGGUUGGGUUCGGUCUUGACGCUUGUAAAUUUUCCUGGCUUAGCGGCGCCAAUUCCUGAGAUGAAGGAACCUGAGGUGAUCAGGACGUUGAAGCUCCCGAGUGGUGUGAGGAUUCAAGAGAUUCUUGAAGGGGAAGGACGAGAAGCUCAUGAAGGGGACCUGGUAGAACUGAACUAUGUAUGUCGGCGUGCAAAUGGGUAUUUCGUUCAUAGCACGGUGGACCAAUUCAGUGGUGAAAGCGCUCCUGUCAAACUUUUUCUUGACGACAAUGACGUUAUUGAGGGCUUGAAGGAAGUCUUGGUGGGCAUGAAAGCUGGAGGGAAGCGUAGAGCACUGAUACCUCCAUCAGUAGGGUACAUAAAGGAGACAUUGAAGCCAAUCCCCGAGGAGUUUGGACCACGACGCAGCCUUCUAUCUCACGCAAAUGAGCCUCUGGUCUUCGAAGUCCAGCUCUUGAAAGUAUUAUGA